AUUCACAGAUGGAUGGAUGCAUAGUUGGGUUGUGUUGGUUGCUUUCAUCACUGUGCGGCGGUGACGUGCAGAGUCUGGGAGCUGUCCCAGGAAUCAUGGUGCUGAAGCUGCAGCACCGGAUCAGCGCCGCACAACAAACCGGCUGCACGGACGCGUUGACACGGACCAGGACAGUCCGACUCCACGCCGCCAUGGAUGUGAUUUUACCGGCCGGAUUUAAAGGGUUUUGGCUUCUUGAUCGGACGCACAUUUGCGAUAUAAGCUGCGCGGAGACUUAUCAACGACCUGCAGUCUGGAUGGAGAUCUAACACAAAACAAAAACAAAGCAAAAAAGAAAACGAAAAAAACCCAAAACCUUGAAAUCGGGAGUCGUGUAUGAAUCGGUGCAUCUCGCCAGGUAAGAGAUUUGAUUUCCCCUAAAAACACGCCAUCGAGCGACUUACCUGGAAAUCAUAGACGCAGACAAGCUGACGUGGCUUUCGCUGAUGUUGGAAUUUUGUCGUUUUUAAAAUUGAGCGCUGACGUUUCGUUUCGUGUCAACCCCACUGUGGGCUCCUGUCGAUCGCAGGUAAAUCAGUGGGGAAAAGAAGCCUACAUAUGCCUGGAUUGUUUGCAGACUCUAAGGCCGGGGAAUUACAGUGGACAUGGAGUAAUAUUCAAUCUAAUCUGAGCUCCAUUUCUUGAACUUAAUGGCUUCAGACACUUGUUUGCACAAAUCGGAUUAAUGUUUUUCGCGCUCUGUGGAAAAUAGUCAUUUAAAAAAAGUGAUCAAACCUUUUUGACGUGUGAAGAGGUGUUUGUUUAUGAGGGGUGCACGUACAGUGCACGCUGUUUUCUUCCAGCACCUUGAUUUAUUUUUAUAUUGUUAUUUUGGCCCGUCCAUGCUGCGCAGCCGGGGCAUGCUGAAGAGCCGCUGCUGCGUCCUGCUCGGUGACCUCAGGGUGCUCCUGCUCGGGCCACUGGCACCCCCAACUUCGCUACCAACACUGAUCCCCAUGAGCAGCCACGCCACGGACAGCCAUGACACGGGCGUCACCGUCCACGACAAUAACAACACCUUACCGCGGGGCCAUAACCAGCACGCCGGGGAGCGGAACGGCGCGCCCGUAGCUGGAGGUACCGGGCCCCUGCCGGGCGGAGAGCGACCCGGGGCGGGCUGGGUGGAUGCGGCUGAGCUGUCAGCGGCCCUGCGCGGCUGCAGCAGCUCGUCGGAUGACUGCUCAAAGGGCAAACUGGAGGAGAGGUUCUCCCUCACCAGCUACACGGAGAGCGGCUUCAGGACGCCAGUGUGCAGGAUCUGCUUCCAGGGACCAGAACACGGGGAGCUGCUGAGUCCUUGUCGGUGCAGCGGGUCGGUACGCUGCACCCACCAGCCCUGCCUCAUCAAGUGGAUCAGUGAAAGAGGUUCUUGGGCCUGUGAGCUCUGCUACUACAAAUAUCAAGUCAUAGCCAUCAGUACCAAGAACCCACUGCAGUGGCAGGCCAUCUCCCUGACCGUGAUAGAGAAGGUGCAGAUCGCUGCAGCCAUCUUGGGCUCCCUGUUCCUCAUGGCCAGUAUCUCCUGGCUGGUGUGGUCGUCUUUUAGCCCGUCGGCACGCUGGCAGCGCCAAGACCUGCUUUUUCAGAUUUGCUACGGCAUGUACGGCUUCAUGGAUGUCGUCUGCAUUGCGCUCAUUGUGCACGAGGGACCCUCCGUAUUUCGCAUCUUCCACCGCUGGCAAGCUGUGAACCAGCAAUGGAAGGUUCUGAAUUAUGAUAAGUCCACGGACAGUGAUGACCUGAAGGAAGCCACUGGGGACAGAACUCUCUCUCAGCCCAAUCAGGGCUUUCAGACUGGAGUUGAGGUGUCCACCUCCACCUCCUCGCUCAUGGUGGUGGCCUCCACGGCCGCUGGCUCUACAUCUACAACAGUGGUGGCACCUUUAGGAGGACUGGGCACACAUGUUGACCCCAGCAAUGACAGCACAGUACCAGACCAACACUGUUCCUACAACAUCCUCCAGCUCCUGAGCCAUCUGAGGCAGCCGGAGGCCCGGAACCAACCCAGCAAUAGCACACGAGAGCUGGUGAUGAGAGUCACGACAGUCUGAAGAGCCAUCUGAGGCCUUAUCUCACGUGGAGAUGAAAGAUUUAUGAAUCGGCUGACAGCUGGAAAGAAAAGUCUUAUUGUACUGUAACUGCACAGGUUUAAUACAGUGUUCUUGUUUGUUUGGCAUCUCUGGUGUUCUGACAUGAGUGAAUAAAAGUUGAAGUUGUUUGAUUUGCA